UGACAAUUAUAUGACUCAAGUUAAAUCUUCCAAUUGAUGGAAAUCUUCACUUGUAUAUAAUAUCUGACCAUGAAUCAAGUAAGAGUUUAUAGAUUUGAAUUAUUCAUAUUUAUAUUAAGUUUGUGGAUCGUGUCGGAAUGUUUCCCUAAUUUCAAAAGUCGCAUACCAAAUGGAGAUAAAAUACCAAAUCCAUGUGUUCCAGGCCAAAUAUGGCAUGCCAUUGGACACUGGCAUCCAGUACGUGGAGUCGAAAGAAACCAAUUUGGAUUAGAUUUCAAGAAAGCAGGAUUGAUUUACACAGUAGCUUUUCAUUACCAAGACUCAGAUGGAGAUGGCUUGACCAAUGGACAGGAAUUAAACGUUAAUUUGACUAGUAACCAAUUUUAUAUGGAGGGAAACCCUUUAAGUCAUCCAGGAAUAUGUGAGCCUGUUGCUUCUGAAAAAUGUAGAAAACUCCAACAAUUCCGAUGUCCACCACCUAUAAAUCAAAAUAGUAAUAUGAUGAGAAAUUUGAUGCCAAAUUUUCCUCAAGGUAAUCCGUUUGGAUAGACCUUGUUGGAGGACAUGUCAUGUGCAGCUUUAUCAUUGGUCAAUAGAUAAAAGAAAAUAUCGACGUUACCAACCAUUUAUUGAAAAGUAUAAUAACAGAAGAGUAUAAAGCGGGCACUUUGACCAUGCUACUAAAAUAAUACAAUGCGUUCUUUUUUU